AUGAUCUCAUACACCGCUGAGCUGAGGCGGCCCCUGGCAGACGGCGCAGCUGCGAAGCGCGCCGCCGUUGAGGAUCUGACUCGGCGGCUGGGGCUGUCUGGCUGCAAAGACACUGUCAUCGGGGACCAGGGCAUCAGCCGGGGCGAGGCGCGGCGCACCAGCAUCGCCGUGCAGCUGAUCUCUCGGCCCAGCGUCCUCCUUUUGGAUGAGCCGAUCGCAGGGCUGGAUGUCGCGAACGCAAACAAGGUGGUGAUCGCUCUGAAGGACGCGGCGGCGAACGGCGCUACCGUGAUUGCCACCGUCGCUCGCCCCACCGAGCUGGCGCUGCAGACAGCCGACAGCCUGGCGGUGCUGCUGCGCGGUCGGGCGGUCUACUGGGGCCCGGGCGGCGACGCAGCCCUGCGCUACGCUGCGUCCCUGGACCUUCCCGCUGCCUCGAGCCUGAGCAGCACGGGGACCGGAGCGGAGUGGCUGUGCGAGCUGUACGCCGCCGCUGCUGAGGACGCGCAGCAGGCCGCUGCCCUGGCAAAAGCCCACGACGCGUCGCGCGCGCACAUGGUCGCAACCAAGCCCCACCAGCCGGGCAAGCACGGCGGCCGCGCGGCCCCGCGCGCCGCGGCGGUGGUGGGCCCGUCGGGCGCCGCAGCGGCGCCCUGUUGGUGGGCCCUCGCGACGCUCCUCAGGUACCGGGCCGCGCGGCGCUUCACAAGCCUGAGGUGGUUGACGGCGCGCAUCCCCGCCUACCUGCUCAUCGCCCUGGUGCUAUCCGCCCUGUACUUCGGCAUGGGUGCUGACGUCACGAUUUUGACGAGCCUGCAGAUGUCGUGCCUGCUGUUUAUGUGGAGCGCCAUCCCCUUCUGGCUCUCUGUGGCCUUCCUGCCCACCAGCAUCUCUGAGCGGCGGCUGUUCCUCAGGGAGUGCGCCGACGGGCUGUACCACACACCCACCUACCUCGUUGCGAAGCUUGCCGAGGAGAUCGCGGUGGUCACCCCAGUGAGCAUCGUGGCGGCCGCCAUCGUGUUCAGCCUGUGCAAGGUCCAGGGCGCCCUGGGGGUCUUCAUGCUGGCCACGUGGUCCGCGUUCUGCUGCGGCAUCGCCCUGGCCUACGCCGUGGCGGCGUGGUCCCCCACCAUUGACAUCGCCUGCACUGUGCUGCCGUUGAUCGUGGGCGUGCAGCUGUUGUUCGCAGGCUGCCUCGUACCGCUUGUGGACGUCCCGCGGUGGCUGAUCUGGGUGUCGUGGCUCAACCCGCUGCGCUACACCUGGGCGUCAGUCAUGGUCAACCAAUUUGCUGGGUCGCGCACCAAGUUUGUCAACGGGCAGCCCGUCCUGGUGUAUUUCCAGAUGAUGGCCGAAGACCCCAUGAGCAACACGGGCAUUGUUUGGGCUUUCUUUGCAGGGUUUGCGGUUGUGGCGGCCGCAGGGAUGAGCGUCAGGCGCCGCCGCUGCCGCUGCUGA